UUUCCGGAAUGUUCGGAGGUUUCCAUGAACACGGCGUGCACGAGCCGAGCCGGCUCACGAUAGCACCGUGUAGGUCGCGUGCUUCACUGGAAGUCGUGUGAGGAAAAUAUAUAUAUAUUUAUAUACUUAUAUAUAGAAACUUUUUUUGUCUCUGGAAUUGUCAUGUCUUUACUCUGCUAUAACAAAGGCUGUGGACAACGUUUUGACCCGGACAACAAUCCGGAAGGUGCCUGCACUUACCAUCCUGGAGUUCCGGUUUUUCAUGACGCCCUGAAAGGUUGGUCAUGUUGCAAGAGACGCACUACGGACUUCUCAGAUUUCCUGAGCAUCGCUGGGUGCAGUAAAGGUUGCCAUAACAAAGAGAAACCCCCCGAGCCGGUGAAGCCUGAGGUGAAGAGUUCCGGAGGGAAGAAGGAGCUGGAGGAUCUGAAACCACGGUUUGAUGAGUACAUCAUUCAGGCUCCUAAACCUGUGGAGUUCAUUCAGAGACCCAGUGCUGAUGAGCCGCUGGUGGAGCUGCAGCAGAAAGUGUCUCCUUCCCUGACACAAGCACUCGAGAACCUCAAAGUAUCAAAAACCAAUAAGAUUGCAGAGAAAGAGGAUGACGGGAAUGAGGUGAAAAUUGGAACAGCGUGUAAAAAUGGAGGUUGCUCGAAGACUUUCUCUGGACCAGCAAGUGAUGAGGACAAGUGUGUGUUUCACCCAGGUGUUCCGAUCUUCCAUGAGGGGACGAAAUACUGGAGCUGCUGUCGGAGGAAAACUUCAGACUUCAACGCAUUUCUUUCUCAGCAAGGAUGCACCACAGGAGCUCACAUCUGGAGGAAAGCUGAUGGGAAAAAGGUGGCACCAUGUCGGUUCGAUUGGCAUCAGACCGCUAGUCAUGUGACCAUCUCCAUCUACGCUAAGCACUCAAACCCAGAACUGUGUUCAGUACGAGCCAAUAGGACCAAGGUGUGUAUUAGACUGGUCUUUGAUGGAGAGAAGGAGUUUGAGCAGAAUAUCAGUCUCUGGGGGGUCAUCGAUGUCAGCAAGAGUGUCACCAACCUGAUGGCUGCCAAAAGUGAGAUCGUCAUGAAGAAGGCGGAGCCGAUGACAUGGGCGAGGCUGGACCUGCCCCCGCCCACUCCCAACUCGACCAAUGAAGUGAAAGUAAAGGAGAAUGUGUAGAUAAAAGAGACGGAGUGCACCAACUGUUAGAGAACCACUUGGAACAACACACACUGUAUUUCUCACACACACACACACACACACACACACACUAUUCUCAGUCCUGCCUGGGUUUAAUCACCAUGCAUCAGUUUUCACACUUGACUUGGGCUCCGUCUCAUUUGCCCUUCACAAGCUACCUCUGUUGCCUUAGAUGCUCGAGGGUCCAGGAAAGCUGUGUGUCCAAAUCAUUGUUUCAUGUUUAAAAAUUCAGUAUGGCUUUUGAGUAUACAUUCACAGAAGCACCAUGGGUAAUUAUGAUCAUGAAUUGUGAGCUGAUUGGAUGGUGAAGGUAUUCCUGAGAGGUCUGAGGCAUUGUUGUAUCUUUUACAGAUAAAAGUAAUGCCUAAAGGGAUCUGAUUUUGGAUCCUGUCACAUAAACAUCUUCCACUGUAGCCACUCUAAAUGAUGUACAGAAAGGUAUACACAACAGUUACACAUCUGUUCACUAAAAUUUCACGACUUCGCCAGAAAGCAUAGUGGUGUAAAAAAAAAAAAAAAAAAUCCUGAAUGCACAACUUUGGCUUUCAUGUUAAUAAUGCACCCAUGACUGUAGAGAAACUUCAUUAGACACUGAGGGAUUCGGGGGUAAAUCCGGCACCCCCUGAUUUGGGUAUUGGGGCCAACAAGAGGCGGGGCUUAUCUAUAAUUUAUACAUGAUUAUCCAAUCAGGUCAAUGAAGAUCAGAUUCCUCAGUAAAAGUAGAAAAGCUUUUGUUUUAUAAAUGAUGCCAAUGAAAUAAACAUUAAGAAUACA